AUUAUUAAACUAAGAUUUACAUGUGGGAUGCCAUAACGACCGAUUUGAACGAGUAAUUACUCGAAGCAUCUAUAAGCCAUUAGGACGCCCCUCGGCGAUAAGUCAAAACUUAUGUAAGACCCUUCACACACACCGACACGCACUUGUCAUUCAUCGUCGCGUCGGAAUCCAUCGCGGGUCGGCAUCAACCAAUGUCAUCGUGGUGCGGAGCGAACGGGAAACCCUUAGGCGCCGUGUCUGUAAAACGUCGGGUUCCGUUUCCGGUUCUAUUUCUGCGGGGAAAUACUCUUCGUUUCGAGUUUUACAGUGUCCUGGAGAUUCAGGUAACAAACGCGUCUUUCGUGCGAACAACCUCGCGGGUCAAACCAGUGUGCAUAAUGAUGCUAAGAUACUCCGCUCGAAUGUACGUUUGAUUGUAACAUUCAUUAUUGUGUAACAUCCGGAUGAUUCCCACAGGAAAUUACAUUCUAAGCCGCACAUAACGGACGUAAUUUUACGCUGACAACGGUGGACAGUCUUCCGGUAAUUGUUCCGGAUAAGUGAAUUCAAAUUUUGUGACAUGUUCGUUCAACAACACAAAGCAGGAAAACGAGACUCAUUAGACGGACGGCAAGGGUGUCAGCUGUCUUGGAUCGCUACGUGUUGCUUGUGUCCGAUGAUGACCAAAUCGUAAGUUUCUUCCCAAAUUGAUCCACUGAAUACGAAAGCCAAAAUUAAGAUUUUUUGUGUUAUGACCAUAUUUUAAAUUAGUGCAGUUUCUUCCCCGUACACAUUUUCGACAAUUUUAUAAGGGUUAUUACUAUUCAUAUUUGUUAAUGACCCCGGGUUAUUACUAUUCAAAUUUGUUAAUGUCAUCGUGGUGCGGAGCGAACGGGAAACCCUUAGGCGCCGUGUCUGUAAAAUUUCGGGUUCUUUUUCCGGUUCUAUUUCUGCGGGGAAAUACUCUUCGUUUCGAGUUUUACAGCCUGGAGAUUCAGGUAACAAACGCGUCUUCCGUGCGAACAACCUCCCGGGCCAAACCAGUGUGCAUAAUGGUGCUAAGAUACUCCGCUCGAAUGUACGUUUGAUUGUAACAUUCAUUAUUGUGUAACAUCCGGAUGAUUCCCACAGGAAAUUACAUUCUAAGCCGCACAAUAAUGGACGUAAUUUUACGCUGACAACGGUGGACAUUCAAUUAUGACGUGCGUUCUUACAGUCUUCUGGUAAUUGUUCCGGAUAAGUGAAUUCAAAUUUUGUGACAUAUUCGUUCAACAACACAAAGGAGGAAAACGUACAAGGGUGCAAGGGUGUCAGCUGUCUUGAAUCGCUACGUGUUGCCUGUGUCCGAUGAUGACCAAAUCGUAAGUUCUUCCAAAUUGAUUCACUGAAUACGAAAGCCAAAAUUAAGAUUUUUUGUGUUAUGACCAUAUAUUAAAAUUUCGCUGAAAUUGUAUGCUCUUUAGUGAAAAUUAUAGCUUAAUUUUCAUUAACGUUGCUGAUAUUUACAUCGUUUAUAGAAUUAGAUGUAGUAGUGCACAGUCCAAAUUCAAAAACCAUCAUUCAGUUCAGAAUUCAGAUUGAAAAUCAAGAUUCAAAUUUAGAAUUAAAAUCUUGAAUUCACAAUAAUGAAUGCAAUUUGAAAUUUACGAUUCAUAUUGUACGUAUUAAUAAACUAAGAUUUACACUCAUAAUUAUAUUUUGUCAUCCACAUUUGUAAAAUAUUUCAACAUAAUUUUUAAAAAUACAAAUUUUAACUCCUUGGUAGAACGCUCGCUAUUAUAAAAUGUAUUAUCAGAUUAAUUUUGGAUUAACUAUCUUUCCGAAUUUUGGUUUUCUUGAUCACAGUGUAAUACUUAACAGCAUAUAGGUAGGCGUUGUGUUGACUGACUGGCAGGUUGACUGACAGCAAUUCUAUACAUCCCUUUUUCAGGCUGGCAGCCUCCAUUUAUUUCACUUCGAAUUGGCGCUGAAAGUUGUCUACAUUUUAUUCUUGUAAAUAACGGUGAAAUAGAUACAAAAAGAAAAGUACCAGUGCGUGGAAAGUCGAUUGUUGGUGCCUUAACUAUUGUUGGUGCCUUAACUAUUGUUGGUGCCUUAACUAUUGUUGGUGCGUAUAAGUUUUUAAACAUGUCUCGCACCAAAAAAUAUUCAUCGGAAUACAAAGCAAAAAAACUUCGUUUACACAAUAAGCAAAAGUACAUUAAAAAACUUGCUUCCGUUAUAAAUGAGCAAAAAAGAAAAUCAGAUGUCAGUUUUUCUAAUCAACCAAACGCAACAAUUUUGGAAGAAAUACAAACAAAUCAAAAUUGUUACAGUGAAGAAAAUCGACAAAGAGAAAUUUUGAAUCAUGCAGAAGCAAUUGAUGAUUAUGCUUAUCCUAUUGUAAACGAAGAUAACUCAUAUGAAGAGCAAGAACAACAAAAAAUACAGUUUCGAUAUCAGAGGAAAAGAAGAGAUAUUGAAAUUUCUUCAAUCAUUCGAGAAAAAAAUGCUAAAAGGAUUCGAGAAAUAAGAGCAGAUAUGAGCUAUUACGAAAAUGAAAAAAAAAUAAACAGAUUUCGUAUGCGUAAGAUAAGAAAUGAAAACAUGGAAUACUAUGCAAGAGAGAAGAAUAAUAUUUUAUGCAAAUUAGCAGAAAAACGUUUAAGACACGUAAACGUCCAAGCUGUGCCGAAUCCUUCAAAUUUGUUGAAUAUACGUUUACAGAGAAGCAAUGAAACGUAUCAUGUUAAUGAAAAUGCACGCAACAGAUUAUCACGACGGGAGCAAAGAAUGAAUGAAUUCAUAGCUCAUCGAGACAAAUACUACAACCUUCUAAUUCGUUCGAAUGAUAUUCAAUCGAAAUCAAUAAGGGAAUUCAUUGAGAAUAGAAAGCAGAUGCCCAGUUAUGUAUGCGCAAGCUGCGAGGGUUCAUUUUUCUUUAAGAGUGUUCAAAAAAUUUCUAAACAGAUAAUUGAUAAAAUUCUGAAAAACGAAAACGUUCAGAAUACUUGCGAUUCACAAACCUUGAAUUAUUAUUUUCAAAAUUCUUGUAAUUUUCUGUGUAAAACUUGCAUUAAAUAUGUAAAAGAAGGUAAAAUUCCCAAGCUUGCUUCAAGUUGGGGCUUAAAAUUACCGCCGGUUCCCGAAUGCAUUACAAGACUUAAUGAUAUUGAAGAAAGAAUAGUUUCUCCUUAUGUUGCUUUCCAAAAGGUUGUUCUCAUGUCAAAACGUGCUUGUAAUCCACAGCUUGGAAUGAAAGGGAGUGCAAUUCAUGUGCCUAGUAGUGUGCCCCUAAUGGUUUCGUCUUUGCCAAGACAACUAAAUAAUCUUGAUGUUAUACCUAUACCGGUGGAAUUCAAACGACAUAUGGGUCACUCUUCCACAUAUAUAAGUGGAUUGGUCCGUGUGUCAUAUGUAUCAGAAGCUCUUGAUUACUUGAAAAAUACUGAAUUAUACAAAAGACAUGAUAUACAAGUUUCUUCUUAUGGAAUGAGAACUCUCACGGAAGAAAUCAAUCAGAACAAUGUCAUAAAUUUAGUUGACGGUGAAAAUCAAGUUGCUUCAAGUGACGAAGGUAAUAUUAGGAAUAAUCAACCCUUUUCUGGCUUUGAACAAGAGGUGAAUUCGAAUUUACAAUUAGACGAUUUAGAGGUUGACGAUGAAUUUUAUGAACACUUGGUGGAUGAUGACGAUGAAUGUUUACUUUUCGACUUCAAUCAACAAACUGCACAACAUGCCACUAUUGUUAUGGCCCCAGGACAAAAUCACUGGCCUGUUUCGGUUCACAUUCAACCAGAUGUUGAAUGUUUUUGUUUUCCAAAAAUUUUCGCUGGAAAAAAAAGGCAAAUACUUAACAAAAAUAUUACAAGAUCUGAUUUAAUUAAAUGGGAAGUACGUUGUCACACAGUAAAAAUUUCUGCAUUCAGAAUUUUAUAUUUGGCCAAAAUCAAAUUGGAAUCAGAAGUUCUUAGUUCAACUACACUUACAUUAAAAAAGAAAUCUAAUGCUAAAGGUGUUACAGUUGAGGAAGCACUAAAUCCCCAGUUUAUUGCAGAGCUUAGGCAGCAUAAUGAUGGGUUGAAUUUUUUAAAGCACAUCAGGUGUUCUCCAAGUUUUUGGAGCGCCAAGAAAAAGAAUCUUUUUGCAAUGUUGCGGCAGUGCGGAAAACCAAUGUUUUUCUUAACCGUGUCUGCAGUUGAAAAUAAAUGGCCUGAAUUGAUACAAGGUUUGGUAUUAAAGACUACAGGGAAACAAAUUUCGUUAUUGCAAGCUCUUAACCUUCCGGAACAACAAAAACACGAUCUUAUCAAAGAAAAUCCUGUAUACUCAGCAUUGUACUAUGAUUUUAAAAUUACUGAGCUAAUGAAACUAAUGAAACAAAGCUCAGGCCCAUUCCAACCGUAUAAAAUAUCAGAUUUUUAUCGAAGGCGCGAAUUUCAAAUGAGGGGAUCUCCCCAUGACCAUAUGUUACUGUUUAUUGAAGAUGCACCUUGUCUAGAUUUAAAUAAUGAAGAUAGUAUAAAAGCUUUUGAAAAGUUUGCAGACACAUUUAUCACAUGUCAGUAUGAUGCUGAUAAUCCACUUUGUAAAUAUUUGCGUCACAAGCAUACUGAUACAUGUUCAAAAGGACGAAGUAAUAAAAACACUUGUAGAUUUAAUUUUCCAAAGUUUGUUCUAGCAGAAACUAAAAUUCUUAUACCAUUGCCCAAGAACGAAGUUUCUGCAGCGGUUAAGAAAAAUCUACAGAGAAUAAAAGAAACGAUGGAAGUUCUAUAUUCAAGUAAAGAAAGAUCAAAUCUUAGUUUUGAAGAAAUUUUAGAUAGCUUAGAUUUGACAAAAGAUGAUUACAUCACCGCUUUAAGAGCUUCUAUAAGUAAAGUUACAAUAUUUUACAAACGCAGGAGUUGUGAAGUUGAUAUCAAUUCUUAUAAUCCAAUAAUAUUGAAUUUAAUGGAGUCAAAUACAGAUUUGCAGCUUAUUCUAGAUGAAUACGGCGUUGCAGCAUACAUUGUUGAUUACAUAGCUAAGUCUGAAUCGGGACUCUCGAAGCAAUUGAAAGAACU